ACCCAUCCUCGGAUCGGCGAAAAACGAUUAUAAAAGUUCAUCCCAGUGUCGGAGGAUUUCCCCCCAAAUUCGAUCGCUCAUCCCAAAUCCACUUUUCCAAUUUCUCUUUUCCUUCUCCAAUCGACUCUUUAAUCGUUCGAUUCUCUCCAUCCUCACUCGAUCGAUCCCAUUUUCACCCCUCCCUGCGCCGUGGAUCCUCUUCUAGGGUUAGGGUUUCGAGAUUUCGUAAUUUCUCGUCCCCGUCCCUUUUAUCGCUCCGUUUUUUGUUAAUUCAGUUUAUGGAAUUUUAAGCUUGCCUCGUUCUGCUCUAUUCCUGCCAUUUUCCGCAAUUUUGGAGCUUCUCAGGUGCAUAUUGUGUAUAUUUCUGUCCGAACUGUCUGAUUUGGAAAGGCUAAAAUGGUUUGUAAGCGACCUUUCCUUGAUGAGGAGUCUUAUGAUGUUGGUUCUAAGCACCCAAGACAACAUGGAGAGACAGCUCAGCAAUCUCCCGGUUGGGGAAUCACGCAUUUUAAUGAUGGUCCACAGAAACAAUUUUCAGAUGAAGGUGAGAACAGUGCUUGGAAAUCUCAACACGAUGGAAAGAUUACAAGGGGAGUGGUAGUUGAAGAUGUGAAUGGGAGCAAAAAAGAUCUUGAACUAAUUGCUUCUAGCAGCAUCGCUAGUGAUUUGUGGGUCAAUGGCAAUGUCAGUGAAUCUUUUGAGUCCGAAGCUGUGGUACAUUUGUCCUUCUUUCCACACUACUUUGAACUUGACCACCGGGUGAACGGAUUAGUUCUGCCCCAUGACAGUUAUUCAGUUCGGCUGGAUCAUGAUCCUAGAAUACCAGUUUCUGUUGGACCAGAUCAUCAAGCUGAUGUUCCUGAGUGGGCUCCACAGAGUUUCAGCCAAUCUUUUGGAUCAUGCAUGUCGGAGGAUGAUUAUGGCAACACAGCAAAACUGGAGGGAACUUGCAUUAUUUCUACACUGUCUACAGAGUCGCCUGCAUAUGAUUCCUCUGUGGAUGGGGGUAUGAGAAGCUACUGUAAUUGUCUCUACAAGGGUUCUAUUAGUUGUGUUAAGCAACAUGUCAUGGAAGCAAGAGAGAAACUCAGAGAAAACCUAGGGCAGAAAUCCUUUGAGGAAUUGGGGUUUUCUGGCAUGGGAGAGGAGGUUGCGAAGAAAUGGAGUGAUGAGGAAGAACAAACCUUUCAUGAAGUUGUAUUCUCUAAUCCAGCAUCUCAGGGUAAGAAGUUUUGGGACCAUCUCUCAGCCAUUUUCCCCUUCAAAACGAAAGCGGACCUUGUGAGUUAUUAUUUUAAUGUAUUUAUGCUUCGGAAACGAGCGGAACAGAAUAGGUUUGACCCUUCAAAUAUUGACAGUGACAACGAUGAGUGGCAAAUUUGUGAAUUAGGAAUAACUGAGGAAGAUGAUGACUCUGCAGUUGAAUCUCUUCUUGAUGGGGUUGAGGAGGCCAGAUCUGAUAUCCAUAAAGAUGAUGCAGACUCUGUGAAUCAUAUAAAUGGAGUGGGUGAGGAGGAUGAGGGAGAUGUAGAUGACUUUUCGUUGGCAAAUGGUGGGAAAAUUGAUGGUGGUUGUGGUCUUGGUCUUGAUCCUGCUUUUCAGCUUUCGGGUAAGGUAUCAAGCAAUCACAAGGAGCGCCAGGACAUCGAAGAUGACUCGUGCACGUCUUAUGAAUAUCAGUCUGACAAGGUUGAUUCCCGUGGUCCGAUUGAUUUGAGGACUGAUGCUAAGUAGUCUGGAUAAGAACAGGCCACAAUGCAGGAUCCUUGAAAGUUUUUAAGGUAUUUGGAUAAGUGUUGAAAGAAAUUUAUUUCUUUCCUAUGCACAAUGUGACUGAAGAGGUUUCAGGGAAGAUUCAUGCGUGGAUUCAGUGAAAAUGCCAUGGGUUUGGGUUCAGGAAUGCUUGCUUCGCCAGUGAUAUAUACCCUAUACUCUGCAAGUCUUCGGAUUUGGCUUUGGUUGGUGUGGACUGGCUGAGGCUUUCCGAUAAUUAGCGGGUUGUCGUUCGAGUAUUUCCGAUGUGAAUAAUCAGAUAUUGUUUGUAGAAAUUUAUGGUGUAAGCUCGAAAGCCUGGGAUUGGAUGGAUAUCGUGAAUAGGACAGGUUGUUUUCGAAUAUGGGUGCACCGAAGGAGCUCUCAUGGAACAUAAGAUUGAUGUAGUCUGUGUUGCUACCUACUUCCUUGAAAACUAGAUCACUUUUAGUGGAGUGGUUUAAUUUAAUGUUGUAGUUACUGUAGCGAGAAUGUUUGUUCAAUGAAGGUGAAAUCAGUUCGAAGCUUUGUAAAGGAAUGGCAUCUGUUUUCGCUGC